AUGACAAACAGCAACAUUGAUAAAUAUUUAUGCACCCUCUUCCCUCAACUGUCUGAUUUUCUUGAGAACCACAAGAGCUCAAACUUGAAAAGCGAAGAUGGGUUUUACUGGUAUUUGAUUGUCAAAAGUGGCAAGAAUAUGGUUAAGAGCAGUCAGGAAGGACUUACAGGAAAUGAAGUUUUGAAGACUCACCAUCCUGCUGGUCAGAAGUGGACAGAUCAAUUCAUUUAUUUUGGCAUGAUCCUUGAAGUGGACCCAGAAUCUUUCAGCAAUUCUAUGAGCAAAGUUGAAUCUUUAGUACUAGAUGCUAGUGAGGACAUAGAUGGAAGCAAUGAUAUGGACAGUGAGGUACUGCCCCUAAAGGGAAAAGGUUUCACACCUUAA